AAAAAAGUAAAAUGAAAAGGAAAAACAGCUCUUUAGUAAAUUAAUUACACUUUUCACUACAAAAUUCAUAACUUUUAGUUUAAUUAUUGAAAAAUGUAUUUUUUCUGUGCGUAAAUGGUAAAAUAAUAUCCACUGUCAGUUUGACCAAUAAUGACAUCUGAAAGAAAAUGUCAAAUUAUUUUGAUUUGAGGCGAUUUGUUUUGUUUUGAGAAUUUUCUGAAUUUUAUAUCGUCACGGGAACUAGUUUUUAAGAAGUAAAUGGUAAUCAUCAAUAACAUCAUCCGUAAAGAGUAAAAAAUAACGCUAAACCUGCAAAGGAUUAAUCUCACUCAUUUAACCUCUAACUUCAUCAUCUGUACAAAACAAUGGCUGAUGAAUAUGCUGCUGUAAAACGAGGAAAACUUAUUCUGAAAGGAGACAAACCCAAAGCUAAGAAACGCAAACACAAGAAGACAGAAAAAGCGGAGGUUUCAGAAGUGGACGUAGAUUCCAUGAAGCACGGGGGUUGGUGGACAGUCUCUAGGAUUGAGGAUAUAACUGGGUCGAUAUCAAUAGAGUUUGGGAACAAUUCUUAUAUCUCUGCGCUAGACAAUGGCCUGUUUACUAUUGGUGCUCCCCACGGUGACGGAGAAGGCCCGUCUCCUGAGGAGAUAUUCACAGCCUUCCCGGCAGGAGAGAACAAGUUUGCGCUGAAGUCUGGCUAUGGGAAGUACUUGGGAGUGUCCAAAGACGGCUUGGUUAUUGGGAGGUCAGACGCAGUUGGACCUAUGGAACAGUGGGAACCUGUGUGGCAGGAUGGUAAAACAGCAAUACUGAGUUCAGUAAAUAAGUUCAUAUCAGUAAACCCGGAAGACGAUUCAGUAGAGGCUCGGAGCCUGACCGCUGGCACGGCGGAGUUCUGCAACAUACGAAGCAAUAAAAGCAAAGAGGUCAACAAAACCACUCUGCCUGCUGAGGAGGAAGGGAAUCUGACUGAAGUUGAGAUUAACUAUGUCAAGAAGUUCCAGAAGUUCCAGGACAAGAAACUGCGGGUGAGCGAAGACAGCGUCAUCGAGCUGCGGCGCGCGCGCGAGCAGGGCGCGCUACACGAGGCGCUGCUCGACCGCCGCAGCAAGAUGAAGGCCGACAGAUAUUGUAAAUAGGGCAUUAGGGCUCCUUCAAAAUGGGUUCCCUACGUUUUGUCGAAGCCUUUUCAUCGAAUGGUCAUAAUCUCGAAUGUACAAAACAUCGAAUGCCGUAUCAUCGAAAGGUAUUAAUCGUGACAUCGUCUUCUUCUUCUUCUUCCCACCUUUAUUUUCUUCUUUUCGUGCUGUUCUUCUUCUGCUUUUCUUUGUCUCAUCUUCUCUUCUUGGGGUCUCUCAAAAUGGGGUCAGGGAAAAUAACAUGAGAAAAAGAAGAGACGAAGAAAAACAGAAGAAGAACAGGAGACGAAAAGAAGAAUUAUAGCAAGUAAAACCUUUCGAUGAUUCGUACAUUGGAGAGUAUGACCAUUUGAUAAAACGACAUUCGAUAAAACGUAGAGAACCCCUUCAAAAUACCUUGGUUUUAAGCCGCAUAUCCACUAGAGGUGAGGGACGAGGAGGCCGCUCGGCGCGAAGCUGCCGCUAGUGGAUACGCGGCUUUAGAAUUGCACUGGACGCACGCUAAAGGUAUAAGUCCAGAUGGCUGCAGACUGCAACCGCAAGCGACAAUGCAGUUGACCGCAGUGAAAAAGCAAAAGUCAGAGAAGUCUUGCAAUUUGCGGUCUGCACUCCACCAUCCACUUAUAAAAGCGUCGGCGCUGAGCGAUCAGCGUCACCCUAUCCGUCCCCCGGACACGGCCUGAGCCGAGGUCCGAGCUUACCGUGGCGCCCUCAGGCCGCGUCCGUAGUCCCCUCGAUCGGGCCCACUAGAGUGAGCCCGCCGUAGGCUGGACUUGGGUCCAACACCGCGGUGGGCAACCCUCUAGUUGGGUUCGCCACUGAUCGAGCGCCUUAUGCGCUCGAUACGGCCCGAUCGCGAACGUCGGUCUGCGACCGACGCGGACGAGCCUGGGCUUCACUUCGCGAAGCCCACACUCGGCCUCGUCGGCACGCGCACCGACGAUCGCCAAACGGCUAGAGUACCUUUUGUACUCGCCACUCUGCCCGGUGAAGCUGGAAAAGCUGCUCAAGCUACAGCGCGCGUCCCUUCAAAAAAAAAAAAAAAUCAGCGUCACUCGAGAACGUUUCCUUGACAUAUUAAUCUGUCAGCGCUGACGAUCAGCGAGCGGUCAGCGCAAUUCUAAACUCACGUUAGACGAUAUGACCCGGACAUUAGUCGCCCGUUUGCUGGACUACACUCGAAAAAUUGUGUGACGACGACAUAAAAAAUGGUACAUACCAACAGUUGGUUGUAGGUAAGAUACUUGCAGUUUUUGCAGUCUUGCCAAACACACUACUGAUGUCCUGCUCAAAACGUCUAAUUUGAAGUUUCAGUGUAUAAAUUCGUGUACAGAAUGGAUGGAUGCUUGGAAUUGGACAAUGUGUGGUUUGGUGCACUAUGCUGUUAUAUUGUAAUAAACUUAGAUUUAAGUAA